AUGGAGAAAGAAUAAAAUUAUAAAACAAGUUAUUAGAAUACCCUCACAAGACAUACGAUUUCUCAUGGAAAACAUCAAUAUGGUUUUUCAAUUGCAUCAAUUAAUUUAACUUCCUAAAAAUCAAUCGAUUAAUUUCUAGAGUAAUAUAAUGUAAUAACAGUUUUAAUUAAACCUAGUGCCAAAAUUGGGUUUGGUUAAGACUGACAUAUGACUGUCCCUAAGACGCCGGGACCGAUACAAAAUACAUUUUUAGCAAUCCUCUAUUGGUAGUAUAACUUUAUUUUUUAUUUUUUAAUAUUAUUACUAAGAAAAAAUUUUUUUUUUUUAAGAAAUCGAGAUUAUUGUCUGGUUGGGAUUUUUAGGCUUCAAAUUUUAGUGUGAAGAAAAUCCAUAAUGUAACAAAAAUAAUGAGGCAAACUUUUUUUAAAUUCUAAUAUAGAUAUAAUCGAAAUGUGUGCCAUUUAUAAAAACCACACCUCCCUCCCUGCAAUACAAUCAAACUUGUUUAUAAGCAUUUUUACUACAAUGAAUGUAUUCUAUUACAAAACAAAGUAUAGCACAAAUAUGGUAUUAUAGUAGUUACAUUCUCCUAACUUCAAUUUUAAAUUAUGCGUUUUACUUCUCUGGAUGCAAAUAAAUGUUCAAUAAGUCGUUGCAUAACUAACUGGACAAUUGUAUUGUAGAUGUCCAUACCCAUAUAGUCCUUACCAAUACUUGUAAGCAUUAUUAUUUACCUGUUACUUUGAAGUAAUGAGAGAUCGAAUAUAGGGCUAACCGAGGAAGGUUCAAUGUUUAAUAUAUAUAGAUAUGCUUGAAAAACACUAGUAUCUCAGGAGGGUAGGAUUGUUAAUUUGUAGCUCGAACUUACAUAUAUAGAAGGCUGUUUACAAACUCAUAUGGACAGGAGUGUUGAAAUAAG